AAGACACGAAACGGUGGACGCUCCGGGAGAAGCUCACUCAAACUCACUUCUUUUCAACUUCCGAGGUCUCUCCCUCUCUCUCUCUCACAUACACACGCAGCAGUACUGGUGGUAGCAGCCAUUGUACGCCAGUGGGUACAGUACGCACCCAACCACCUCCACUCUUGAAGGAAAGAAACCCCACUCCUCGGCCCCCCACUCCCAUCCCUCUUCCGCCUAUAUAUACUCUGUCCUGUAUCUAACACAUGAUCGUCUUAUCUGCGGUAAUUGGGUCGGGUCAAGCAAUUAAUUCCGGGUCAGGAAAUGGAUCCUCAAGGGACGGCGAUGAUGAAUGACGGAGGAGGAGUUUAUAACUUUGCGGAGAUCUGGCCGGGUUUCCAGAUGAAUGGCAAUGCGACGUCGUACAACUUGGGCUUGGAUCCGAUGGUGAUGGACCAGAGAUCGAACCACAGCCCUCCCAAUCAUAAUUCCAGGAAGCGACGAGAUGAAGAUGAGCACUGCGCUAAGGGCGGAGGCGGAGCUUCCACUAGCAACAGCAAUGACUGCAACAACAACAAUACUGUUAUGAGUGAAGUUGAUGGUAAAAGGCUCAAAGCAGUUGGAUCGAAUGAGAAUGAUGAAAAUAAAGUAAAAGAGGAAGGGGAUUCAGGCAAGGCAGCAGAGCAACCAGCAAAACCAACUGAACCGCCGAAGCAAGACUACAUCCAUGUUCGUGCCAGAAGGGGUCAAGCUACUGAUAGUCAUAGUUUAGCAGAAAGAGCUAGGAGAGAAAAGAUAAGCGAGAGGAUGAAAAUUCUCCAAGAUUUAGUACCUGGCUGUAAUAAAGUUAUUGGGAAAGCUCUAGUGCUUGAUGAGAUUAUUAAUUAUAUACAGUCAUUACAACGUCAGGUCGAGUUUCUCUCAAUGAAGCUUGAAACAGUAAAUGCAAGAGGGGGCAUUGACGGAUAUCCUUCAAAAGAAUUUACUCAACAGACUUUUGAAACUCCUGGCAUGGCAUUUGGUUCCCAGAGUACACGUGAAUACGAUAGGGGCUCCUCACCAGAAUGGCUACAUAUGCAGAUUGGUGGCGGCUUUGAACGGACAUCUUGAGACAGAUUCUCAUCAGUUGGCAAUAAGAGCAGUAAAAAGCUACAAUUCUUCCUCCAGUGACUGCACCAGCAUACUUAUUUCUUGAAUCAGACUACUAUUCCGUUUCCAUUAUUAGGUGUGGAGCUGUUUACAAAGACCAUAUUGAAGCAUAUAUCAGAACAACCCCAUUUCCGGUGCGGAAGUAUCUGCUACCCAAGAUAGAUUAAUAGAAUCGAUGAUCUUGUGAAGUUGUGUUCUAAAUUCUAAUUGUAUCAUCUUUUAUCAUUGCUGUUUGAAAUUGGGGUGUAGUAACAAAGUUGAUGGUUCAUUGAAUAAAAGUUUAAGCUUUGUUGUUA